AGGGAAAAUAGUCACAGCUGGGCAAGACCAACCCGCCCCUUUCCUUUCCCUCCCUCAAAUUUUCUCACGAAGGAAAACGCAAGAAAAUGGAAACAGAAAAUUUACUUUUCCAGUUAAACCCCUGAUAACGGUUUUCUCAUACCGCUCAGCUCUCUCUUUGGUUCUCUUUUUCUUCAAAAACACGCUCUCCCCACCUCUCUCUCAAUAAAUAUAUAGGGUUUUCCUAAAUUCCUCCUCUCUAUGUCUGCCAAAUCUUAAAUUCUUGAAUUCUCAAUUCCAUACCCUAGAACUGUGAGCCGGCAAAUGGAGGAACGGAAUAGUGGUGGUGCUGGGGGGGAAUCGUCGUCAAGGAUAACGCCUUCAUAUGUGAAAUUAGGAGACAGGCAAAUAUUCACGGUGGAGCUUCGACCCGGUGAGACAACAUUCGUGUCAUGGAAGAAGCUCGUGAAAGACGCAAAUAAGGUCAAUAGUAGAUCCGCGCCUGCUCCGGACCCUCCUCCCGCCAACGCUCACCCCAAUCUUGAGGCUCGCCUUGCUCCUGGACAACCAGCUGAAAAUGAAGAGAAGGAUACACCUGCUCCAAAUCGUUUCAGUGCUGUGAUUGAGAAGAUUGAACGCCUUUAUAUGGGUAAGGAUAGUAGUGAUGAGGAAGAUCUAAAGGAUGUUCCUGAUGAUGAUCAAUAUGACACAGAUGACUCCUUUAUUGAUGAUGCUGAGCUGGAUGAAUAUUUUGAAGUGGAUAAUUCAGCAAUAAAACACAAUGGAUUUUUUGUUAACAGGGGAAAGCUAGAACGCUUAAGUGAAUCUACUGUUGUACCUAACCAACAAGCAAAGAAAAGACGAAGAAAGGAUUUAACCAAGGCCCCUGGUGAGAGUGAUGAUGGCCGUACAUCAAAUAAACAUGUUAAGCUGGGUAAGCCAGCAGCUGGGAAUAUAGCAUUGCCACUUGGAAAGAAUUCUUCUAAUCCCUCUCAAAUUUUGGUUGGGAUAAGUGAACACAAUGAGGAUGUGAGGUCUCAGAAUCUAUCAUAUACACCUGAAAUUUCUUCUAAGAAGAAAUCUGCUGAAACUAAAAUAAAUUUGGAUCCAUCUUCAUUGAUAAAAUUUUCAAAUGGUGAUACUUCUAUAUCUUUAGCAGAGGCUAAGGAUAUAGAAAAUCCAAAGACUGGAGGCCUCCUAGCAAAGAACCUGACAAACAAAUCGAAAGAUGCGGGUGGAUCCUUGGAUGUUUCACAUCAGAAAUAUCAUGAUAAAAGUGCUUACUCACAAUCCAAGUUGCAAUCUGCAAAGUCAAUAACCAGUGUUGAUGAACUUGAACUAUCAGUUAGAUCAAAAGAAAAGAAUGGAGUCCGUGAGCUGCCUGAUCUUAAUAUGCCAGAUGCUAAGAUGUCCAUGCAAGUAACAAAACCUUCUCAUGUCCACAAAAAGGAUGGUUCUAGUGUUAGACCCAAAAGUUCAACGCUGGAAAAUGCCAUAAGGGAAUUGGAGAAGAUGGUUGCUGAAUCAAGGCCACCAGUUUUGGAAAAUCAAGAGGCUGAUACCUCUUCCCAGGCAAUUAAGAGGAGAUUGCCUAGAGAAAUAAAGCUGAAGCUUGCUAAAGUUGCUAGACUAGCGCAGGCUAGCCAGGGGAAAGUAUCAAAGGAGUUGCUCAAUCGCCUUAUGAGCAUUCUUGGUCACUUAAUACAGCUCAGAACACUCAAGAGAAACUUAAAAGUAAUGAUUAACAUGAGCUUGUCUGCAAAGCAGGAGAAAGAUGAUAAGUUCCAACAAAUAAAGAAAGAAGUUGCUGAGAUGAUUAAGAUAUGUGUCCCAUCUUCAGAGUCCAAGACAUUGGAGCAACAAGCUGGAGCAUCUGGUGAUUUGCAAGAAAUUGCUUCCGAGGAAAAAGGAGCUCUUAAAAGAAAAUUUAGCAUGGAUGCUGUUUUGGAGGACAAAAUUUGUGAUCUUUAUGACCUCUUUGUUGAUGGACUGGAUGAAGAUGCUGGCCCACAAGUCAGAAAGUUGUAUCUAGAGCUUGCACAAUUGUGGCCAAGGGGUUUCAUGGACAAUCAUGGGAUCAAGCGUGCAAUUUGUAGGGCAAAAGAGAGACGGAGGUCCUUGUACAGCAGACAUAAGGAUCAGGAAAAGAUUAAGAGAAAAAAGAUGCUGGCACCUAGAUUGGAUGAGACCGCUCGAGUUGAGGCUGGUUCAGUCGCUCAGCAACAAUAUAUGCGAGAGAGGUUGCCUACUGAUACAAGUGGUCCUGUUUUGGCUUUAGCUAGCAAGCCAGUGCCUAAUUCAUCAACAGCAGCUGUUCGAGCACCAAGUCCUUCAAUGAACGCACCAAACUUGGACAGGCUAAAACAAGAGAAGCCAAAAGGAAGUUCAAGCAGUCCCAUUGACGAGGCAAAGAUGGUAGUAGAUGGUGCAUUGACAAAGAAAAAGGUAAAGAGGAAGUCUGAACAGGAAUCGAAUGAGACUCAUUUUCGGUCUGAGAAAUUGCAAUCCCAAUCUAGUGAAGAAAAACACAAGUCCCUUAAGCAAGCUUCGGUUCUUCCCCAAAAGCUAAACCUUCAGUUUACCACUUCGAGUUUCGAACAGUCUAGCUGACGUAAUAUAGUUGAUUAGGAAGUUUACACCACAUAAGUAAUUGUGUAACAAAGUCUUUCUCCUUUCUUUUUUCUUCAGCAGCCUUUAUUAAUUCUGACCAGCCGAUUGCUACCAUUUUUGUAAUUAAGUGUUGAAUGGUGCGUUGUUAUUUAGAGUUUCAACUUGAAAUAGGUGGCGGCAGAAUGCUGUAUUUUCUUAAGCGAUUAAUGCGUCAAAGACGUGUAACUUUCAACCUUGGUUGUUUUCGGGGUAAAUUUUAUAUUUCGUUCUUGAAUUUUA